GUGACUCACAUGAUACAUGUUUCCAGAGCCCGGUGCGUGGUUCCAUGCUGGGUGAAUAGAAAGUGUGAUUCACCUCCUCGUUCUUUAGUGACGUACGGUGUUCGGUGGGAGGCUUAGCUACCAGUGUCAUUUACGUCGACAAGGCUUGGCGAUCGUAUCCAAUUGGAUUUGGCCCCAUUCAAGUUUCAAGUUCUACAGCUUCAAAAUGUCGGACGACGAAUGGGAUGCUGAGGACUUCAAACCCAAAACAUUUGGUAUGGCUACCACAGACAAAUGGGCAGGAGAGGAUGAAGAUGAAGAUGCUCCAGAUGACUGGGAGGCGGCGGACGACGAGGACAAGCCUGCCGCCGUCGUGGAGGAGGCGCCAAAGAAGAAGAAGCUGACACUGGCUGAGCGGAUAGCUGAGAAGGAGGAGAAGCGACGAGAGGACCUGGAGCGGCGGAAGCGGGAGGAGGAGGAGGCGGCAAAAAAGCUGACGCCGGAGGAGCGUCUGGCCGAGAAGGCACGCGCGCUCAAGAUGCAGGAGGACGCCGACCUGGAGGUUGCCAUGGAGACAUUCGGCGUGAGCAAGAGCGACCUACCGUCCGAUUCGCCGCUGGACGCCACGCCCACCGACAAGGAGUCGUUCGAAGCCUACCGGACGGCGCUGGUGGAGAAGCUGCGCUCGCUCGAGUCGUCCGUUCUGUAUACCGGCUUCCUGGAGGAGCUGGUGCGCGACCUCUGCUGGAACCUGGACUCUGAUGACGUGAAGAAGGUCAGCACGUCACUCAAUGCACUCUACAACGACAAGGUCAAGAGCAAACAGGGCAAGAGUAAAAAGGGCAAGAAGGGUGCCUCAAUCAAGGUUGAGAAAUCUGCAUACGACGACUAUGAGGACUUCAUUUAAAACCACCAACACCCUAGCACGUUUUUCAUUGUCGAGAAGAAUUUAUCGAACGCUGCCGUAUGAUAAAUUGAAUGUCACUCGAUAUAACAGAAUUUGUAUGCCAGUGAGAUGUUCGCCCUCGGAGUGAGGGCAGGACGGCUGGUGUUCCGCGGCUGCGACGCCUCUGAGGGCCUUGAAGCUGGUAGCGGGGUCGCUACUGGUGUUUAUUCAAUCGCGAAUUGGUCUUGUUGAUGCUUGCUUGUACCGAUUCGUUGACGCCCUGCUUUGACUCAUUCCCCCCCCCCCCCCUCCUAAACUUCUCGUCUGAUUUCUUCUCUGAUUGAACCUGUAUGGUUGCAGCUUUGUGGAACUACUUUUUUGUGUGAGGUGUUACAAUAACGCCGUAUCUAUAGCAUGUAUCAUAAUACUUUAAACUCCGUUGUUCCGGCCCGCAAGUCCUCAUCAGACUAGUGCUGUUUAUGAUGCAAACAGCCGUUGGAUAGACAUUGCUUACACUGGCGAUGCUGAUUCGGUGGUUGAGGGUGGUUUUUAAUAUUUUUCAAUAAAGUGGAAGAGGGCG